AUGACUCCUCUGCAUCUGCACUCCAUUGCUGCUCUCAUCCUUGUCUCAUUCUGGAUCAACUCUUCCCAUCUCAUUGCUGCAACAACAACUACAAAACAAUCCAACUCCUUCUCCAACCUGACAGACGACAUACAGGCCCUCAUCUCCUUCAAAACACUCCUCUACAAUUCAUCAGCCCAUUCUUUGUCCUCAUGGAACACUACUAGUGAUUCCUCAUCCUUCCAUAACCACUACUGUCAAUGGCGUGGAGUCACCUGCGGCCGUCGUCACCUCAGGGUUAUCAGCCUUGAUCUCGGCUCACUGAAUUUAACCGGUCCUCUGUCACCAUUCAUAGCUAAUCUCACCUUUCUCAGAAGACUUCACCUUGCAGACAACCAACUCUUGGGCCACAUUCCACCGGAGCUCAGCCAACUGCGUCGAAUUACCUACCUUGAUCUCAGCUUCAACUCUUUUGAAGGCCAAAUACCAACCUCUUUGUCUCAUUGUUCACUUCUAGAGACUAUGGACUUGUCUAGCAACAAUCUCCAAGGAGAGAUACCUUCCAAUCUUAGUCAUUGCUCUGAGCUCAAAAUUCUUAGCCUUGACUCCAAUGGCCUUGUCGGGGAGCUUGCCGAUGAGUUUGCUUCACUUCCUAAGCUCCAACACUUGAGUCUCAGUGCUAAUAAGCUCUCCGGCAGACUACCUUCUCUUCUAGGCAUCAGCCCAUCUCUUGUUUAUGUAAUACUGUGGGACAAUCUAUUUUCCGGCCCUGUUCCAUUGUCUCUGGCCAAUAGCUCAACACUGGAAGUCCUUGUUCUAUCCAACAACCACCUGACUGGAGACAUCCCUCUCUCGCUUUCCAACUGUUCCUCCCUCACAGUUCUUGAACUAUCCUUCAAUGCUCUUACCGGAGGUGUUCCGGCUUUCCGGCAAGGCAGCGCCUCUAGCCUUCGUAGACUAGGCCUCACACAAAACAAUCUCACAGGGAGCAUUCCACCAUCGUUAGGCAACCUUUCAUCUUUAACCUAUCUUUAUCUUGCUGAAAACAAGCUUCAAGGAAGCAUUCCGAUUGAAUUCGGCAACUUUGUGAGUCUCAAAGAACUUGAUUUAACAAGAACUUAUUUGGUAGGUGAUGUUCCUAUCUCUAUAUAUAACAUCACAUCCUUGAUUUCCUUGAAUAUGGGGGGCAACAAUCUCUCCGGGACACUACCCGCAUACAUGGGCAACACUCUGCCAUAUCUCGAAUCUCUCAUCUUGCAAGAUAAUUUUAUGGAAGGGACUAUUCCUGCAUCUCUAUCUAAUGCAUCUGAGCUUCAGUUUAUUGAUCUAGCUCGUAACUCAUUCUCAGGGACAGUCCCUGCAGAUUUUGGCUCUUUAGGUAGUCUACUGGAGCUGAAUGUUGGCUGGAAUCAGCUCCAGUCACAGGACGUGAACUUCAUCACUGCUCUGAACAACUGCAGCCUUCUGAAAAGAUUGUUUCUCAAUGACAAUGGGUUCAGUGGAUCACUGCCAAGGUCCCUGGGCAAUCUUUCCGUGGAGAAGUUGGUGAUUGGAAACAACCAAAUGUAUGGAUCCAUUCCUGAUGAGAUUGGUAACCUUGCCAAUCUAACAGUGCUAAUCAUGGAACAAAACCUUUUCACAGGUUCCAUUCCUGCAACCACUGGCAAGCUUCACAAGCUGGCAGUCUUAUACUUGAAUCAGAACAAUUUCUCCGGGCCUAUCCCGAUGACCCUUGGCAACCUCGGCCAGUUGAAUUAUCUGGACCUUUCUGAAAAUCAAUUGACAGAGAAAAUACCUGCGAGUUUAGGAGGAUGCAGAAGUUUGGAGGCACUUAAUCUUUCAUACAAUGCACUUGAUGGAAACAUCCCAAAGGAAGUGGUUAGCCUUUCCUCACUAACAUUGUCGCUUGAUCUGUCACACAAUUUGCUCACUGGAACCAUACCUUUCGAGGUCGAAAGAUUGAUAAAUAUUGAAACCUUAGACAUCUCUUACAAUCAAUUGCUCGGUGAAAUUCCAUCUAGUCUUGGAGUUUGCCAGCAUUUGGAGUACCUCUUCCUGCAAGAUAACUCCUUCAGAGGAACUAUCCCAGACAGUCUACAAUCUUUGAGAGGUAUAGUUCAGCUAGAUCUUUCAGUUAACAAUUUUUCCGGUGAAAUUCCAGACUUUUUUCAGACUUUUGGUUCUAUGAAGUACCUAAAUCUGUCCUUCAACAACCUUGAGGGUGAAAUUCCAAAAUUCUUCACCACAAGCAAUGCAAGUGAAAUCUAUGUCUAUGGAAACCGGAAACUCUGCGGUGGUGGUGAGAAGCUGAAACUACCACCUUGCUCCAUCAUCAGAUCAAAGAAGAGAAGAAUGAGCACCAGCAACCUCUUGAAGAUAAUAUUGAUACCAGUUGCCGCCAUUGUAUCUGUGAUCUUACUAGUUUUACUGUCAUAUAAGCUUUAUUUGAUAAAAAUGUCAAGGAAAAAACUUGCAUUUACAACAAAUCCACCAGAUGAUAAGUUCAGAAAGGUAUCUUACACAGAGCUCUCAAAGGCAACUGAUGGCUUCUCUUCAGAGAAUUUGAUUGGCGCCGGGAGUUUUGGAUCAGUUUACAAAGGCAAAAUGGAUGGUGAGGAGGAUUUAGUUGCAGUGAAAGUGCUCAACCUCAACCAGAAGGGAGCUCUCAGGAGUUUUGCUGCCGAAUGCGAAGCCUUGAGGAAUAUCAGGCAUAGGAACCUUGUCAGGAUUAUAACUUCAUGUUCAAGUCUUGAUUCCAAAGGGAAUGAGUUCAAAGCUCUGGUGUAUGAAUUCAUGCCUAAUGGAACUCUAGAUCAGUGGCUGCAUAACCAGCACACAUUGAAACUGAACAUUAUGCGAAGAAUGGACAUUGCCAUCAAUGUGGCUUCGGCACUGGAUUAUCUUCACAACCAAUGCAAGUCUCCGGUGAUGCACUGUGAUCUAAAGCCAAGCAAUGUUCUUCUCGACGAUCAUAUGAUCGCUCAUGUGAGUGAUUUUGGCCUCUCAAGGUUGAUCAGCAUGGAGUCCAACUCAAUGACAACAUCCACUGAUUCAAGUAGCUUCAUGAGGAUGAAAGGAUCCAUAGGAUACGUCGCACCAGAGUAUGGGAUGGGAAGCCAAGUUUCUACACAGGGUGAUGUGUAUAGCUUUGGCAUACUGUUAUUAGAAAUGCUGAUAGGAAAAAGACCUACAGAUGAGAUGUUUGGAGCAGAGCUGAAUAUCCAUGAAUAUGCAGAGAAGGCAUUAUCUGAAAAUGUUAUGGAGUUGAUAGAUCCUCAAAUGUUAACAGGAGAGGAAGAUGAAGACGUAACUAUGAUUUCUAGAUGUGCAGCUCCACUGACUAAAAUUGGUGUUUCAUGUUCAAGGGAAUUACCAAAUGAAAGGAUGGAGAUCAGGAAUGUGGUCAUUAAACUCGAAAUGAUCAGACACUUGUUUCAAUAA